AUGGCGAUAGAAAAAUCCGCCAAAAUCUACGUUGCCGGCCACAGCGGGCUAGUCGGUUCCGCCGUUGUCCGGAAGCUCCAAUCUCUAGGCUACUCCAACCUCCUCCUCCGCACCCACUCCGACCUUGAUCUCAUUAACCAAUCCGCCGUCGACGCCUUCUUUGCCGCCGAGAAACCCCACUACGUCAUCCUCUCCGCCGCCAAAGUAGGCGGCAUCCACGCCAACAACACUUACCCCGCCGAUUUCAUCACGAUUAACCUCCAAAUCCAGACCAACGUCAUCACUUCCUCGUUCGCUCAUGGCGUCAAGAAGCUUCUCUUUCUGGGCAGUUCUUGCAUUUAUCCCAAAUUCGCCCCGCAACCCAUCAAGGAAGAGGCGUUGUUAACCGGCCCAUUAGAGCCCACCAACGAAUGGUACGCCGUCGCCAAGAUUGCCGGGAUUAAAAUGUGUCAAGCCCAUCGGUUGCAGUAUAAAUUCGAUGCUAUUUCUGCUAUGCCGACGAAUUUAUACGGGCCGAAUGAUAAUUUUCAUCCGGAAAACUCCCAUGUGUUGCCUGCUUUGCUGAGGAGGUUUCAUGAAGCCAAAUUGAGGGGAGAUGAAAAGGUUGUUGUUUGGGGAAGUGGGACCCCAUUAAGGGAGUUUCUACAUGUUGACGAUUUGGCUGAUGCGGUUGUUUUCCUGAUGGAGAAUUACAGUGAUUUGGAGCAUGUUAAUGUUGGGAGUGGUAAGGAAGUGACGAUUAAAGAGUUAGCUGAAUUAGUCAAAGAGGUUGUGGGGUUUGAAGGGGAGUUGGUCUGGGAUAGCAGCAAGCCUGAUGGCACUCCCAGGAAGCUUAUGGACAAUUCCAAGAUUGAAUCAUUGGGUUGGCUUCCGAAGAUUUCGCUGCGGGAUGGACUUGUGGAUACAUAUAAGUGGUACUUGGAUAAUGUCCAGCUAUGAUGCAGGAGUAUUCCCUGAGGCAGGAGAUAUGGUGUUUAACGUAGGAGAUGUGUCCUCUUGAGGGUACCCUGCUGCCCUAGCUCUCUUUCUGGGUAAAAGGCUGUAGAAUCUAGAUCCUCUGAUUGGGUGAGUAUCAUAGAAAAUAACAGCACCAUUUACUCUCUUGAAGUGUUUGCACGAUCAGCUAAAGACUAAUCUCUUUGCAUCUGCCUACAAAUUGAGAAAGAAAAAUCAUUCUUUAAUUUAUAAUACUGUUAUAUCAGUUAGAGUUCCUGUUAUGCCAAAACAUUUGCAGAUUUGAAAUGUAACAGUAUUUGCCCCUAGAUUAUUUUGUUUGUAUAAAUAAGGUCUAAAUGGCCUACGCAUUGAAGGUGAUUUCGAUGGCCUUAAUAUAUAGAACCCAUUAUUCCAGAGGAAUAUAGCUGGUAGUUUCUUUACAAC